GUGGGGAAGCGGUGGAUCCCGGCACGAUGUGGAUGAUCGGUGUGGCCGCCGCUCUGCUUGUUUGUAGCGGCGCGCUGCCCGUCCCCGGCACACUGCGGCGACAAAAACGGGACUGGCUGCAGAAGCUGAACUUUCAUUCUCCGGCGCCAAGGGAUGAGAGGCAUUUGCAGCCUUUGACUAGUGGUCUGUUCCUGUCAAAUGUUCCUAUGUUCCGGCACCGUGCCGAGGAAGAGUCGGGUCCGGUGAACCCUCUCCGCUGCGGUGUCCCCGACCCACCCCCAGUGAAGUCUGGCCGCAGCUGGCGUGGUGAUGCCACACGGAAGCGGCGUUUUGUCAUUUCAGGAGGAAGAUGGAAGAAAACUGAUCUGACCUACAAAAUUGUACGGUUUCCUUGGCAACUGAGUCAAGUGAAAGUAAGGCAUACAAUUGCUGAAGCAGUGAGGGUGUGGAGCGACGUCACCCCCCUAACAUUCACGGAGGUGCAGGAUGCACAUGCUGAUAUUAUCAUUGACUUCACCAGGUACUGGCAUGGAGAUAAUCUGCCGUUUGAUGGCCCAGGUGGGGUUCUGGCACAUGCUUUCUACCCUCAGACUCCUCAGCAGGGAGACAUUCACUUCGACUAUGAGGAGCUGUGGACCACCGACAAUGACAGGGGUAUUGAUCUCCUACAUGUGGCAGCUCAUGAGUUUGGCCACGUCCUCGGCCUGCAACACUCACAAGUUCCAAAGUCUUUGAUGGCACCUUUCUACACUUUCCGUUACCCACUCCGCCUGGCAGAGGACGACAGACAAGGGAUACAGUACUUGUAUGGCCAGUCUCGCCACAAGGGAGGCAGCUUUUCCAAUCAGGACACGGAAGUGAAUGAGUUGCCCAGCCAUGGCUCUCCAAGAAAAGAGCCGGAUGCCUGCGAGACAGACUUCGAUGCAGUCUCAAUGAUCCGCGGGGAGCUCUUCUUUUUUAAAUCUAAGUAUGUUUGGAGGUUGAGGAACAGACAGCUUCAGCCUGGCUACCCAGCCCUGGCCUCCCAGCACUGGUGGGACUUCCCAGACCACAUUGAUGCCGGCUUUGAGGACACCAGUGGCAACUUCUGGAUUUUUCAAGGUUCCAGUUACUGGAUCUUUGACGGAGAACAGAGAGUAUUGGGACCCAAGCCGAUCUCUGACCUGGGUCUUCCUGUGGCAGAGGUGCACGCUGCUUUGAUGUGGGGUCUGGAGCAGAAUAAGAUAUACCUCUUUAAAGGAAAUGAUUAUUGGCAGUUCAUUGUGAACAGGAACACUGUGGAAAGUGUUUACCCACGCAGCACCAGUGAGUGGCAAGGACUCCCUCCCAACGUCGAUGGGGCUUUCCAGGAUGAGUACGCCACUAGUAGAGAACCAUUUCCCAAAAUGGAAGGAAAUCCAGAUGUAGCAACCUCUCUAACUUCAGAUGACGAAGGUUAUGCUUACUUUCUCCGUGGAAGGGAUUACUGGAAGUUUGACCCUGUUCAACUGAAGAUACAAGAACAUCAUCCAAGGGGGAUUGGCCAAGACUUUUUUGGAUGUGCUUCCUCACCAACAUAGUCAUAUCUGUGAAGCUCUGCUUUAAAACUUCCAGAUCUGCUCUUGGUGAUUGUUCUGAUUCUGACUGUGAACUUCCCGUUUAACCCUUCACUUUGGAUAUUUCCAUUCCCGCUUACUUUUUUGGUUUUUUUUGUGGACUGAUCUAGAGUUGGAUGGAGCAUCGUGAUAGAAGCUGGAAGGAGGAUUCUGCACAACUGUGUGUUGGAAUGAGAGCUCCACCUCUCCUCCAUUCGUCAUAGUACACAUCCAGUGUUCUGGGAGAUUUCACCUACCCACCGGGACAGACCAACUAUACUAACUGCACCCCCCACCCACAACCCCCCCUCCCCCAUGGCAGCACAUUGCAUGUCACAUGUACACCAGGCAGCAUAGAGAAAGGUCUUCAGUCCGUGUAGACUAGGCUCUCCACCAAGCUCCCAUUUUAUUCUCCCUAUGUCCAAUUAACUACCACUUACAUUCACACUGAGGGCAAUUUAUAUUAGUGAAUAAACCUCACAACCUACAUAAUUUUGGAGAAAGAAGAGACACUGCAAAUGCUGGGAAACAGGAGCAACACACACAAAAUGUUGGAGGAACUCAGUCCUAAUGAAUGGUCUCAACCCAAACGUAGACUGUUCAUUUCCCUCCACAGAUGCUGUCUGACCUGCUGAGUUUCUCCUGCACUUCGUGUACUGGUGCACAUUUUUGGGAUGUGGGAUGAAACUAGAAUUUCUGAAGGAAGCCCACAUAGCUACAGGCAGAACUUGCAAGCUCUAUACUGACAGCUCCAGCUUUGAUCCUGAUCCAUGCUUUGAGGUAGAAACCACUAACAGGACAUCAUUUUGGUUCUAGAUUAAUAUUGGUGAAGGAGGAAUACUGCUUGGAAGCAAUCCAUCUCGGUCGUACUGGAAGAGCUGACACAGGAAUGAUGAGAGGAAUGUAUAAAAAGGAUAAUAAAGGAAUGAUGA